AUGUCUGAAUCAAAAUUGAGGGAACUUGUAAGAAGACGUGGCAGCUUAAAAGCUAAGCUUACCCAUUUUAGCAACUUUAUUAGAUUAUUGCCUGGUACUGGUUUAGAUACUUUUCAAGCAGCUGAAUUAGAAUGCCGACUUGAUUCAAUAGACAAUUUGUACAAGGAAUUUAACGUGUUGCAGACGGAGUUGGAACUGUUGUCGGAGGAUACGGAUGAGAUGUAUGACGAGAAGGAACUGUUCGAGACGCAAUAUUACACUCAGGUGGCUAGAGCGAAGGCCAUGCUCACCAAAACGCGCUCGUCCUCACCCGCCCUCGUGUCCGCCACAUCAGCUGAUGACGGCCCUCACCACGGUUCUGGCUGCAAACACGACUUUGUCCGGCUGCCGAAGAUAGACUUGCCUCACUUUAGCGGGGACUAUCAGCACUGGCUAGAAUUUCGAGAUACGUAUCUUUCUCUUAUUCGCAAUAAUAAAAACAUGCGAGAAACAAACAAAUUCCACUACCUUCGCGCGGCUUUAACUGACAGUGCAUCUUUAGUCAUUAAGAGUAUAGAUUUUAAAGCUGACAAUUAUGGUAUUGCCUGGCAGUUACUGUGUGAAAGAUACAAUAAUGAAAGGUUACUUAUUAAUAAUCAUGUGCAGGCAUUAUUUAACUUUGAACAUAUCCAAAAGGAAUCUUGUAGUUCAUUACGUAAUAUGAUUGAUGUAACUAAUAAAAACUUAAGGGCUCUUGACACACUUGGACAGCCCACUGAACACUGGGACACAUUGGUUAUAUACAUGAUGUCUAAGAAAUUGGACACCUUGACCAACCGAGAGUGGGAAGAAUACAAAAACAAUUUAAAUUCACUUCCAAAUUUAAAAGAUUUCAUUAACGGUUGUGACCAAUUCGUCGUCACCAUUCCUUUGAAGGACUCGCCUGAGUGCUUGGGUGACUCUUAUGCGAUGGCCAAGCGUUGA